AUGAGGAAGGAGAACCGGAGCAGCACAUCCAAGUUCCUCCUUCUGGGGCUCCCCAUCCAGCCAGAGCAGAGGGGCAUCUUCUCUGCAAUGUUCCUGGCCAGGUACCUGACCACAGUGCUGGGGAACCUGCUCACCAUCCUGCUUAUCAGGCUGGACUCUCACCUCCACACCCCCAUGUACUUCUUCCUCAGCCACUUGGCCUUCACUGACAGUUCCCUUUCAUCUAUUGCAGUUCCAAAAAUGCUGGUGAAUCUGCAGGCAGCAAAAUCCAUCACCUAUGAAGGCUGCAUUUCUCAAAUGUACUUUUUUGUUCUUUUUGGAUGUCUUGACAAUUUCCUUCUUGCAAUGAUGGCCUAUGACAGGUAUGUGGCCAUCUGUCAACUGCUGCAGUGUGUUGCUGUCAUGAGGCAGGAGCUGUGUGUCUUCUUAGUAGCUGGGUCUUGGUUUUUCUGUUGUGUCCAUGCACUGUUGCACAACCUUCUCUUAGUCCAGCUGUCCUUCUGUGCUGACAAUACCAUUCCUCAUUUCUUCUGUGACCUCACUGCCCUCCUGAAUGUCAGCUGCUCAGACAUCUCCCUCAAUGAGCUGGUCAUCUUCACUGAAGGAGGAAUACUUUUCAUCAUGCCUUUGAGUAGCUUCUUGGCCUCUUAUGUCUGUAUAGGUGCUACUGUCCUGAGUGUUCCCUCCACUAAGAGAUUCUUUAAAACAUUUUCUACUUGUGGCUCCCAUCUCUUUAUGGUGUCUUUGUACUAUGGGACACUUGCAAGUGUUUACUUUUUCUCUUCAUCAUGGGGCUCCAAUGACAAGGACAUAAUUGCCUCUGUCAUAGUUACAGCCAUGUUGAGCCCUUUCAUCUACAGCCUGAGGAACAGAGAUAUAAAACAGGCCAAUUUGUCAAUAAGGCCAAUUUCUUUAGUGACAAUCACUAUAUCCAUUUAUUUCAUUCAUGAGCACUUGUGGUAUAUUUUCUAA